UCCUGCCAAAAACAUUUCAAUUUUCCAUCUUCCCUCCCAAACUCAAAUUCCCUAUAAAUUCUUUCCCACACACACACACAUUAGUUUUUUACAUACAUCUACAGAGUAUCUCUAUUUCUCUAAUCUUAUGUUUCAUCAUCAAACACAACUUCCACAAAACAUGUCCCUAAUACCACCACCACCACCACCACCUGAUCACCGUGAUCUCACCGCCACUUCUGGUCGCUCGUGUGGUGAGAUUCAUGUGAUUGUGGGUCCUAUGUUUGCUGGUAAAACAACCGCCCUUCUUCGCAGGAUCAAAUCUGAAGCCACUUUUGGCAGGAAUAUAGCAAUGAUAAAAUCAAGCAAAGAUAAUAGAUAUGCAAUAGAUUCGGUUGUGACACAUGAUGGAACAAAGUAUCCAUGCUGGGCACUUCCUGAUCUCUUGUCUUUCAGACAAAAUCUUGGGGAGGAAGCUUAUGAUAAGUUGGAUGUUAUCGGAAUUGAUGAGGCACAGUUUUUCGAUGAUCUUUAUGACUUUUGUAGUAAAGCUGCUGACCAUGAUGGGAAAACUGUUAUAGUUGCUGGUCUUGAUGGCGAUUACUUAAGAAGGAACUUUGGUCCAGUGCUUGAUAUAGUACCUAUUGCUGACACAAUAACUAAGUUAACUGCCCGAUGUGAACUAUGUGGUAAACGGGCCCAUUUUACCCUAAGGAAGACCAGUGACACAAAAACGGAACUUAUUGGUGGAGCAGAUAUGUAUAUGCCUGUUUGUCGUCAACAUUAUGUUAACGGACAUAUGGUGAUCAAAACCAGUGCGUAAUAUCAGAAUAUCACCAACUACUCAUAUAACAGCUCAAUGUUUGUUCUUUGGGGUUUACUUGUUUUUGUAGUUCUAUAAGUCUGUUUGGUGUUGAAUGUUUGUUUGAUGUAUUGCACUGAUGCUAUUGUAAUCUGUUGUACUAUGUGUAUAUAUAUAUAUAUAUGAGAAGUUAAGACAUACGUUCUUCGUUUGUUA